AUGCCGCUCUUCUUAAUUCAGUUUGCUCAGCAGCAUGAGGAGUUCCGCCUGCCUGAACUCGAGGCUUUGGCGACCAUCGAGAAUGUGCAGAUGACCUAUGAGCCCAGCGCCUACAGUCUGGAGUCACCCUUCUUGAUUGUCGAGAUCGAGUCCGCCGAGAAGGCUGCCUUGCUUUUGAACCGCGCCAUCCUCGUCAAGACUAUCAUUGAGUUGUGGGGUCAGGGAUCUUCAUGGGACGAACUGAUCGAGAGAGUCAAGGAGCACCCCGAGCGCUGGCCACAAUACUUGCAGACGUCGUUCAAGUUCUUGGUGGUGACAUUUGGAGGUACGAUCGAGAUGAAGGACAAGCCUGCGAUUAUCAACCGGUUCGCGUUCACGGGAUUCAUGGGCAAGAUCGAUCUCAAGAACCCCGAGGAGGAGUUCCAGCUCAUUGCCGAUUAUGGCAUUGAUCCUAAUGUCCAUGUUGCCCAUACCUUCUACAUGGGACGUUUGGUGGGGCAUGGAAAGCGCGAGUUGAUCGACAAGUUCAACGUCAAGAAGCGGAAAUACAUCGGCAACACCACCAUGGACGCAGAACUCUCCCUCAUCAUGGCCAACCAGGCCCUCUGCGGACCCGGAAAACUCGUCUACGACCCCUUUGUCGGCACAGGAAGUUUCCUCAUGACCUGUGCUCAUUUCGGAGCCAUGACGGUUGGAUCUGAUAUUGAUGGACGACAGAUCAGGGGAAAGGGCAAGGCCAGUAUUCAGUCGAACUGUGAACAGUAUGAUUUGAAGGGCCGAGUUUUGGAUGCCCUUGUGUUUGAUGUGUGUCAUGCGCCCUGGAGGCGGUUCAAGGGCGGACUCUUUGAUGCCAUUGUCACCGAUCCUCCAUAUGGCGUCCGUGCUGGUGCCAAGACCCUUGGACGCAAGGAUGUCACUAAACAGGCCACCGAGCCUCGCAUGGCCGUCAACGAAGGCGUUUUUGCCCACACACUGCCAGAUUAUGUGCCACCAACAAAGCCAUACGAGAUGUCAGAAGUAGUCGCUGACCUACUCAUGUUCGCCGUCAAGAACCUCACCCGCGGCGGCCGCCUCGUCUACUGGCUGCCCACUGUCACUGAAGACUACACCAUCGACGACCUCCCUACCCACCCAUGCAUGGAACUGGUCGCCAACUGUGAACAGGCAUUCGGUCAAUGGUCUCGUCGCUUGAUCACUAUGGAGAAAGUGGCCGAUUGGGAUGGUGAGACUGGGUUGGGACUGCCCACUGGAAAUAUGAACAAGUCGACGACGGGUCCUAAAAGCCAGGGACAUUUUGGAUUCCGGGAUCGGUAUUUUGCCUUCUCGAUUGUUGAGAAUGCGAGGAGGAAGAAGGAGUUGAAGGAGGCCUUUGCGAAGGGUGGGGCCGAGGGUGUUGCGGCUUGUAUGCGCGCUUUUGAGGAAAAGAAGAAGUUGGAACAGCAGAUGAAGGAGUUGCAGUUGCAGGAGCAAUCAUGA